AUCGCUUCAGUAAACAAAUAUCUGACGUCCCGUCAAAGACGACAGAUGUCAAGCUAACUUAAACCAGCCUCGCCGAUAUUUGAGGAUUCAUUUUACUACAAAUAAAGUGAAAAUAGACAUUUGACAGAAAACUACUACUACGACUUUGCUAAUGCUAAUUAGCUGGCAACCUAGCUAGCUGAACUGCAACAAAAGUAAGCCUAGCUAGUUUACGUAUUUCUCUUUGUAAUAAAGUCAUUGACGUGAAUAUUUAAAUAAUGUCUGGACCAAACGGGGAUCCCAACAUCUCAAUUGAGGACGGCAUUAUCAACGACGAAGAUGAAUUCGAGGAGGAAGAGUAUGAAGCCAUCAACUCCAUGCUGGAUCAGAUCAACACCUAUCUUGAUGACCUGGAGGAACGUAAUGAUUCACUCAAUGGCAAACUGCACGAACUAAUGGAGUCGAACAGGCAAGCCCGGAUGGAGUUCAGGGCCCAGCUGCUCGGCUCCCAAAAUGAGGAGGGGCAAUGUCCUGCAGACGGGGACAACUCCUCAACCAGCAAAGAAGACCAGAGCAAGGAUGGUGGGGAUUGAGCUCAGCAAAAUACGGAGAUGGAAAUAUUUAUGAAAGCUGACUCAACCUCUGACCUCUGUUUGUUGGACUGAUGACCCUCGACCUGCAUAGUCCAUGUCUAUCCAAUGCUGUGAAUUUACCUCCACCAUCAAGCAUAUGUGUGUAAAACAGUGAUAUUUUGCUCCUCUUCCAUCACUGAUCUACAUCUAGGUUUUCUCCUUUUGUUGAAGUGUAGUGUGCCGAUGUUUGGAAUUUAUAGACCUUUAGCAGCUUCUUAUAGAAGUUACCUGGGGUGUUACGGUGAGAUUUAAGUCUCGAGUUGAUGUUUAAAAAGCUGUAUCCCUUUGUUUUGUUAAAGUCCAAGUGGGACAUCAUGAGAACAUAUUCUAAAAAUCAGGAUCACACGAAAAGCUGAUGACAAAAAUAACUUAAAAACUACAGUAACCAGCCUAAAAUCGAACUUCUGUGUUGUGUGUUGAUCCAUUCGGUGUUGACAGUCAGCUUUGUAACAGCUGUGCAGUCUGUGUUCUUCUUUGUUUCACACAGAAAAUAAGUAUGCAACAUUCCAUAUGUCUACCACUGUAUUACAAUUUUUUAAUUUGCAGCAUGACUAUGAAUAUGUCAAUCUGCUGUCCUCUUAAUUGUCAUUAAUGUGUUUAGGUUAAGAUAGCAGUCUUACGAGUGUUUGUAUAUUAAGUGCUGUCCUAAAUUAAAAGUCAAAAUGAAGUCGACAAAGUGUGGGAAUUGUCAGACAUUUUAAUAUAAAUUAAAAUGACCCCCGCCCACCCCAAACAGAAAACAAAAUCCAAAAAUACAUGAAACUUCCAGCAGUUAGAAAACAUCACCGGUUUGUUCAUCUCAAUUGAGUCAGUAGCUGAAUAAAAAUACAAUAAGAAACAUACAGCUUUGUUUGAGAUUUAUCCUUUCAUGUCCUUCUCCUCUCUCCUGCUCCUUCCUGUUCUCACAGUCUCAUAUCUGGUUCCUUCUGACAGAACGUGAUGCGGCACUGAUCAUGCGACAGUCGCCACCAUGACUACGAGAGUUGCUACAUGUGUCAGCCAACCACUUUCGGUGGUUUAAAAUAUCCUUCUCUACAAUGGAGGAUGAAAUGUUUCCAGAGCAGCACACUAGUCAUGAAGCCUUGUGACUGCUGAAAUGCUGGAUCCAAAAUUGUACAUCUGUAUAAUCUGUAACUGGGAUAACUGACUGUAUGUUACUGCUGCUUAAAAUCAGAGUUUAAAGUCUGCGAGGACAAUUUGCUACAUUAAAUACAUACAGACACUU